CAACAACAUUCAAAUAAUUUUCUAUUCAGAAAAAUAGAAAUUAUCAGAGAAACGAUAUUUUAUAGUUUCUUCAAAACUUUAAAUAUCAAAAAAUGUCUCGCGAUAGAGCAGCAAAUCAACUGACUGAUUACAAAACCGAUUCGAAAACUCCUCCGGGAGUUAUUACCACCGCCUCUGGUACACCCGUGGCUGUUGCAGAUGCUACCUUAUCUGUGGGUCCAAGGGGUCCCCUGCUUUUGCAGGACUUUCAAUAUACCACUGCUAUUCAACAUUUCAACAGAGAACGCAUACCUGAACGUGUGGUAAGUGCCAAGGGCGCUGGGGCUUUUGGCUACUUUGAGCUGACCCAUGAUAUUAGUAAAUAUUGUGCAGCCUCGAUAUUUGCAAAAGUCAAGAAACGCACUCCCAUAUGUUGCCGUUUUUCCACCUUUAUGAGUGAAAAAGGUUCUGCCGAUACAGUGCGUGAUCUUCGAGGCUUUGCUGUGAAAUUCUACACCGAGCAGGGUAUCUGGGAUGUGGUGGGCCAAAAUUUGCCUGUAUUCUUUAUAAGGGAUCCCAUGAGUUUUCCCAGUUUUGUACAUUCGCAAAAACGUAACCCUCAAACUCAUCUAAGAGAUGUUGAUAUGUUUUGGGAUUUUGCCACUUUACGCCAGGAGACCUUGCAUGCGCUUUGUUUAAUGUUUGGAGAUAGAGGUUGUCCAGAUGGCUAUCGCCGUAUGCAUGGUUAUGGUGUUCAUGCCUAUAAAAUGAUCAAUGCCCAAGGGGAGCCAAUAUUUUGCAAAUUUCACUUUCGCACCGAUCAAGGUAUACAGAAUAUCGAAGGCGCGCAAAUGACCGAGUUGCUGGCCAAUGAUCUCGACUAUGCUGCCAGGGAUCUUUACAAUUCCAUUAAGAAUGCCAAUUAUCCCAGUUGGACAAUGUUUCUACAGCUGAUGACUUUUGAUCAGGCCAAAAAGUUCAAAUACAAUCCUUUUGAUGCUACAAAAAUUUGGUGUCUCACCGACUUUCCCUUAAUGCAAGUGGGUAAACUAGUGCUGGAUCGUAAUGCCACAAAUUAUUUCGCCGAAAUUGAGCAGUUGGCUUUUAGUCCGGCAAAUAUGAUUCCUGGCAUAGAACCUUCACCUGACAAGAUACUGCAAGGUCGGCUUUUUGCCUAUGCUGAUGCUCAAAGGCAUCGUUUGGGAGCAAAUUACAAUCAAAUUCCGAUAAAUUGUCCUUAUCGCAUUAGUGUUCAACACUAUGAACGUGAUGGACCCAUGACAGUUAACAAUAAUAUGGGUGAAGCUCCCAACUAUUAUCCCAAUUCGUUUGGUGGCCCUAAAACAUGUGAACAUGCUAAAGCUUUGCAGACUUGUUCUUCAGUGGUUGGAGAUGUUUAUCGCUAUGAUAGCGUUGAUUCUGAGAAUAAUUACGGUCAAGCCACUGAUUUUUGGGUUUGUGUCUUGGAUGAGUGUGCACGCAAACGUUUAGUCUAUAAUAUAGCAGCCCAUUUGAGUGGGGCCAGCUCGUUUAUACAAGAGCGCGCAGUAAGAAAUUUUACCAUGAUCCAUGUUGAUUUUGGGCGUUUACUUAAGGAGGCUUUGGAUAUGGCUCAGGUGGGAACUUUGUGUUUGGGUUGAGUGAGUUCAAGGAAAUCGCACUUACUUUAACAAUAUAUCUUUAUGUACUUGUUUGAAAUAUAUAUUUUCUAAAACCAA